ACCUCCCCCUCGCCUAGAAACGAGAAAGCGUCGUUCCAUGGUCGCUACGGAGAGAGGGAUGGGUCCGUUGACUUAAAAAAAAAAGACACUUGUGUGCACUUUCCCCCGGUGUUUGGACAACUAACCACCAUGGCAGUUUGUUGGAAAUACUUUUCGGUUGUUUCGAAUACGACUCUGCUACAUUUUCCCGGUAGUGUUUUCUCAUAUAUCUUGGCAUGUCGGAUAAAGAUUAGUUAGCAUGCUACUGAGCUAGCAUCGUCGCCUCAGCGUCACACAGCCACACCACACCUGCCUGUGACAGGUUCCCGGCAGAAAUGGGCAAACUACAGAGCAAGUUUCGAAAGAGGUCUGAGCUCUACAGGGCAUCUCAGGGGGAGAAGACAGAUAGUAUGUUUGACAGUCAGGUGGUGAAUUAUGAACCUGCCCAUCAAGGCUCUGUCAACACUGUCACCAAUCUCAGCCCGGAUCUUUGUGUUUCCGGUGGGAGUGACCAGGCUGUGGUUCUGUACGACUGGAAACAAGGCCGGCUGUGUCAGUCCUUCCAAGGUCACAACCGAGAGGUUACCAAGGUGUUGUGUUAUCCAGGCAGUACGUGGAUCUUCAGUGCCUCACGGGACAAAACCGUACUGAUGUGGGACCUAAACCAGGGGGACGAUCCUAUUCAAGAAUUUUGUGGCCAUGAGUUAGUGGUCAAUGGAAUAGCUGUCAGCCCAGAAGGGAGGAAGCUGUGUACGGGCUCUCGUGACAACUGGAUGUGCCUGUGGGAUAUAGAGUCUGCGAAAUGUGAACAGAGACACAACAUUUCUCGAAACCUGGUAACUCAUGUUUGUUGGGUGCCAGGUAGCUCCUCUGUUGUCCAAACCUCUGAAGAUAAGACCAUAAGGGUGUGGGACAGUCGUGCGUGGCAGGUGACCAACACUUUUCCAGCCAAGCAAUACAUCCAGACCCACUGUGACGUUUCUCCAAAUGGAAACUACCUGGUGUCCAGCAGCAACGGCUUCGGAGGUCAAGGCUGUGAAGCCACACUGUGGGACCUGCGUCAGCCCGGCUGUAAAGUUGUGGAGUACAGAGGUCACAUCCAGACCACCGCCUGCUGUGUGUUCCUGCCUACGCCUCCUGGUGGCACAGCUCAGGUAGCAACAUCCUCCCAUGACGGCUCCAUCAAAAUCUGGGAUCAGAACUCGGCAGUCUGUUUAGGGACGUUAGCUCUGGAUGGCGCUGGACCUCUGGUUGCUCUGGCUCCCACUGACUCCACCGGUCUGCUCUGUGCCAGCUUCAGCGCCGGCCUCCACCACAUCCAGGUAGGCCCGGGAUCAAACCAGGCUCAGGGUUCUGGAGCAGGUUCGGGCGGUGCUGGAGGCCUAGACAUAAAAGUUUUGGCUCGCUUCUGACCCCCAGAGAAGAGCCUGGAGCAACUUGUUCUCCUUCAAUUUGAACAUCCAGGGACUCAACAAGCAGCAGGGCUUGAUACUCCACAGAUAAGAUGUCUAUUACUUUUUAUUUUUGCUACAAUUUUUCAAUAAUCAUGUGUGCUACUAGACCGCCAUAUAGUGAAGAAUGACUGCAGAGAUCAGGAGGAUAAUGGUGUGCCUGGACAGAGCAGGUUUGUUGUCGUAACUGAACCACAUUGAUGCCCAUCAUAGCUGCUCUCCUCGUCCUGUAGAGCCCUUUUCACACAUGCACUCCAAAAUCAAUUAUUGCAAAUUUCAGCAACUCACCUACACAUGACCCUCACAUGUGAGAGACUUUCUCUGUCGGAAAGGUCAGAGGCAUGACACAACAUAAAAAGGACGCUGCAGAAACAUCGCCAUGUCAUUUUUUUUUUUACAAUGUUUCCAAGAUGGCGGAUGGAUGAAGCAACAGAGUCUUGUCAGUUUUUGCCUUUGUAUCGAUGCUAGGUGCAACGAAAUGCGCUGGUGUUGCUGCGACCUCUCACUCGCUGUGAAUUUUUACCUGAAUGUAACUUGCUGCUUUCGCACAUCAACUCACCCUGAAGUCUUGCUGAAUUUUUCACUUGGGAUCUGGAAAGACCAUAUUUGGAUAAAAUCUUGAAGCUCUCCCUGAAAACGUUUUUUAGAUAUUUUCAGGAGUUUGUGUGCAAAGGGGCGUCGGCCACAUGAACUACAAACUGAUGAGACUUUAAACAACGACGAUCAUGUUCCUGAUUCUGGAUCAAGAAAGAGUUCCCUUGGAUUGUUUUCUUUGUGUUUGGAAACACUCUUAGAGCUAAAAAAAAAAAAAAAAAAAAAGAGCCAUAUGGUCAGGUGUUACUUAUCAUACUAUGUUCUUAGAUUCUGUUUACCUGUUACAGUGUGCUCAGUCAUAUUAAUGGCUCAGUCUACAUGGAUCAAGUUUCCGAUUUUGGAGUUUGGACUUGAAUGGCCGUUCCAAGUCGGAGGUAGUUUUUUCCCAUGUUCUGAGUACAAUGGAACGCAGCACUAGAAAAGUAAUGUACACAGUUUAUUUGCAGGUACUGUAGCUUUAUGAUGUCACGUGUUAGACCCAAAGCACCAGAGACCAACAUCAAACGAAUGAGUUUACACACUUAGAAUUCAGUGGUUAUGUUUUUUUUUAAAGAUACAGCUUGUUUUGUUUUUAAACUAACGCUGACGUUAGCUGAAGCCUAGCGCCCGCAAGUCCAAUAUAUUUCAAUUUGAAAAAACACUAUGCAAAAAUUGAGUAUUUCCCUUUUUAAAGGAAAUAUUGUUACAUUGUUAAAAAAAAUGGAAUAAAAAAGUAUAACAUCAAAACAA